AUGAAAAAGUUCUGGGCGCAGUUUGAGGACAAGAUUGCCAUUGCAGACAAAUCCCGGGAUGCGGCUGGUGCAGCAGCAGCGAGUGUUGCAACCGCUGCUCAGUCCUCAGAGGAUAAGCCUGAGUCCAAGGAUACGAUCCAGAAGGUGCAGGCUGAUGCUGAGCGCAUGGCUGAGGAGAUGUUGUCGCAGCAGGUGAUGGUCUUGGAGCAGUCCAGCCCCGCUCACAUGCAGUUGCUGGCCAUGCUGAAGGCUCAGGAUGUGUGCAAGAGCAGCUCCCGGCACAUGGCGUUCUAUGAUCCGAAGAAUGUGGCCGUCUGCAAGGUGUAUCCUGGCCAUUCGAAAUGGCAGCGGUACCCUGUCAUUGUUGAGGCUGACUUCAAGGAGUUCUGCAAGGCAGCCAAUGACUUGAUGGCCCCGGGUCGCGACGUCUGCUGGAUCUUGUCCGGGAAGGUCCGCACCAAUGAAGACAUCAUUACCAAGGUUGUUCGUGCCAUGAAGUGGGGUAUGAAGGAAUUCUAUCUCCACUACAGCUCAAAAAUGAUGGCCGAGAUGGGCUACUUCCAGCGAAUGAGGGGACUGGCAAACUCGGGAACAGCCGAGAAGUUGUACCUCUGUUGGAAAGGUCAGGCUCCUAAGGACUGGAAGAAGCAGCGCAUGUACAUCGACGUGGGGAGUCACACGUACAUCGACAGCCUUCUGAAUGUUCCCAUUGGCCUCCCCAAGGAGAUGGGUCUCGUCCCGCGGGCUGUCUUUGAGGCCUGGGACAAACAGGAAACAUCUGAAGGUGCAGGCAGUGCUGAGCAGUCGACGGAAGGUGCUGGAGCAGAUCCUGCUGCACCAGAUCUGACUGAGUUGGCGGAGGGAGACAGCAAGAAUGAGGCCAACAUCAUCAAGAAGCGGAAGUAUAGUCGCAGGGGCUCUGCGCUGGCUAAGAUGCUCUCCACUGAUGAGGUCCUCUUGUUCCCUCAUGACAUCUCCGGAGCUUUGAUGAAGGAGCUGAUUUACGAGAGCUCUGCUGAAUGG